AGAGUGGGGCAUCAUUACGUAUCAGUGUCUAGAUUCCAUCAGUAAUCGGUGAAUUAAAAUUCACUUUGUCGCAUAUUAAAUAAAAUUACUGUCAUUUAAACAGAUCAAUAGUUUAAUUUAACUGAAUGUAAGUUUACUUUAGUACAUAAAUAAUAUUUUCUAACGAUAGUGUUAUCAACUAAAGCAUUAGGCUCAGCGAUUGAUGAUAUUUCAUCAUUGGUUUGGAAUAACUCAUUAUCAAUAAAACAUACCAGUGCUGUGUUAACGGGUUAUCAGAUAUUUUCGGCUAAGUUUUUUCCGGAAGUAAAGUCUCUAAAUACAAAAUACAGACCUUAUAUUGCUGCACUACAGUUUAAUCUAGCGAAGUGCGCUUUAAUUGUUUUAUAAUAUUCGUUUGUUUAAGAGAAAAACUCGGCCCAAGUUUCCAUUUACUGCACAAGUGCAACAAAGAUACUACCGUUUGAAGACUUGAGUGAAAAAGAGAGAAAAGUUCAAGCCCCUCUUGAGGAAAAGUACGUCAGCAACUUUUCAAGUCGUCAGUGAAUUUAUUCAUGUAAAUUCGUUUGAUGAUUUUCGAAUAAUCAGCAUGAGUUUGUUAAUUAAUUUUUAAAAUCAACAGUGAGAAGAAAAGUAAUUAAUGGAUUAUUUGGUUCGGAGUCUUGUGGAUAAAUAAAAAAAAUUAUGAGCAGCGUAUGUGAUGGUAACGCUGCAGGCAGAAGAGUUUAGAAGAAAGGACGAUCAUCGGAUUGAAGUGAUCGAUGAUAAUCGAGAUAAUAACAAUGUGAAGGAAAACGAGUGCCGUUGUGGGAAUAAUGAUAACAGUAACGGCGAGAUCAUUAAUAAUAAUGAUAAUGACAAUCACAAUGGUAAUGAUAAUGAUGAUGAUAAUGAUAAAACCCGGGAUGAUUUAAAUAAUAAAACAACGCGGCCAUCUUAUCGGUGUUCUAGUACUGGCGAGUCUUCAAAUGAGUCGAGUUUGAAUAGCAAUGAAGGUGAUGAUGAUCAUGUUAAUAUUCAAGACAGAUAUGAUGACCGCAUAUUUUAUGAUGAAGAAGAUUAUGAAGACGAGGUAGAGGAAGAUGACGAGUUUGAUGUCGAAGAAGCUGAAAAUGUAAUCUCUGAAAUGGGCGGCUGGCCUGCCGAUGGAGUUCAGAAACAGAAAAUUCAGCAUGAGACGAUAACGGGCCAGGUGCUGCCGACUCUGGACACCACGACCUUUGGUGAAGUUUCUGUAAGUGGCUCGACUAAUGUGCGGGUGGGAAACACGACUCUUUAUAAAGGACCUGUUACUAUAAAACAGUUUUUGUAUACAAACUCGAGUGUUGAUAAAGAUCUGGGCAACGGUCAAGCGCAAAAUGAUUUGCAAGGUCAUUGGAGUGACCCCGCUCUCAAAAACGUAAACUUGACAAUCGAUGGGAGUAGUCCGCCGGUUCCUAUUCAGCGAGACCAUCACAGAGUGAAAGAGUGGCUGUGGACAUGGAGAUGUGCUACGAUAUUUAGUAUCGUGACAUUAAUUGCUGUCACGACAAUUGUCGUGGUGUCAGUGGAACUUGCUAAGGAACCAACUCGUCCCAACUCGUCCCACAAACCAGCCAUUGAUCCUGACGAUAUACUCACAGAGAACAUAAGAUUUAUCCAACGAGUAGAAUGGGGCGCUCAGCCUCCGGAAGGAACACCCGAGCAACUGGACAUAAUCCCAGCGCCGUAUGUCAUAAUCAGUCAUACAGCAUCUGAAUCUUGCUUCAAACAAGCCGACUGCGUUCAGCGAGUCCGACUGGCCCAGACGAUGCACAUCGAGGGCAAUGGAUGGGACGACAUCGGCUACAACUUUCUCAUCGGCGGGGACGGACUCGUCUACGUUGGUCGCGGAUGGGACGCAGUGGGCGCUCAUUCUUUCGGGUUCAACCGCAAGAGCAUCGGUAUCAGUUUCAUCGGUACCUUCAACAAAGAUAUUCCUCCAAGGCGGCAAAUCCACGCGCUGGAAAAACUUAUUGAGGUUGGCGUAAAAAAUGGCAAAAUUGAUUCAAACUACAAACUUCUAGGGCAUCGUCAAAUAUCCGAAACUCUGAGUCCAGGUGACGUUUUGUUUGGGAUCAUCAAGGCAAUGGAUCAUUGGUCGGAAAAACCAUAAUGCCUAUUUUUUUAACUCUAGUCUUUAAAAUUUUUAAAAUAUACUCAUUUAAAUGGUUUUUUUUUUUUUUUUAUUAUUAUUAAUUAUUAAUUGGUAUUUUUCCAUUGAGUUGUUAAUUAAUAUAAGAUUUAAAAAAAA